AAUGGCACAAGAAAUUGCUCUAUCCAUUUUUGUAAAGUCUUGGCAUAUAUUCUUCGGGAUCACUGGAGUCAUUCUAAAUCUAGUUUUGAUCCUCCUUGUAGUCUUCAAAUCUCCUAAUGCAAUUCGUGUGUACUCAAGACUGAUAACCAACUUUGCCGUCACUGACUUUCUUGCUUGCUUGUUGGAUAUUUUCAUAGAAAUCAGAGUUCUCCCUUCGCCUAAUGAAGCUACAAUAACAUAUAUUUUAAAUGGAUUCUGCACAUACUUUGGAUUGUCGACUUGUGCCAUUGGGCUUAGCAUGUACAUUCACACACUGACACACUCUCUGUGGUCUCUAUUCAUCUCUUUUGUUUUUCGAUAUUUGAUUUUGUACAAAGUUUCGUUGAAGGAGAAGCAUAUUUUGUUGGCCCUUUUUGUAUUCUAUAUUCCUUCUUUUGUACAAGCAGCAACUUAUUGGACCAGCUUUGUAGAUAGUUCCACAAUCUUACCCAUUACAAAGCGAAUCUAUCCACAAUAUAAUUUUGAGCUUGAAACUGGCCUGAUUACUGGAAUAACAAAUUUAUUUUCUGUAUCUGCUAUAUAUGCGGUAUUACACAUGACCAUCCCCGUUACACCAGUCUAUAUAACUAUUUUCAUUCUUCGACGAAAAAUCCUAAAAACUCUUAUGAUGAGUUACAAUGUAAUGUCUAAAGAAACAAAGGCAAUUCAUGCUCAGUUGAUGAAAGCACUGACUUUUCAGGCAUUCAUUCCAGUGGCAGCUUGGGCAGCUGUUUAUGUCUAUAUUGGAAUGCAAUUUGGUAUAAUCAGUGGAAUAUUUUUCGAAUACAUGGUAUUCUCUACAGUAAUAUUCAUGCCCUUACUUUCUCCAGUUGCAUAUCUGGUUUAUGUGCGUCCAUACCGAUUAUACAUUCUCAGAACGUUCUGUCGGAAAUGCUCUCAAAGUGCAGUGGAGAGUAAGAUCCGAACGGGAUUCCACACACAAUAUGAUCACUCAACAGUGGGAAGAAGUGCUUAAAAAUUCCUGGAGACAACACCACCAAAUCGUCGGCAGUUACCGUACACAAUUUGACCACCGUAUGAUCGCUUAUCCUUUUUAAAUAAUUUGUAAACCUA